UACAUUUGUAGGCUGUUUCCUAACUGAAGAAAAGCGUUUUCAGUUCUACAUAAAAUUAGUGCGUAACUGAGGUUGUACACUCUUGACUCGGCCGUUUUUAUGAGGAUUUCAGUUCUGCUUUAAACCACUGCUAUAAUUUACCCAGCAUUUUCUUUACAGAAUAUAAUUAGCCUUCAAUAGCAAAGCGACGUGACUUUUUCCAGCGGGGAGCUAACGCGGCUAACAGCGGAGACCUAAUCUAUUUUUUUUUUUUUUUUACGUCAAAGCUUUUAAUGUCCAUUAUUUAGUGCAAGGAGACUAGUUACAGAGUGGACCCAGCACUACCGAUCAAGUUUCAGGUUCUAUGGCGGGAACCUUGACCCAGUUGAAGAUGUGAAGGCUGCAAACAAGAAUUUUGAAAAGAAAAAUCCAGAUGUUCCCUGUCCACCAGAACUUCAGUUUGGACCAGCACACCCUAGAACUUCUCCAGAUAAAGGAGGAACAGGAGGAACUGUGGAUCACUCACACAAGAGGGCAACCUACUGUGAAGGGGGAAGAUGACGAGAAACCUCAGUUGUCAGGGCUUCAUCACAUUAAAACUGAAGACAAUAGAGAGACUGAAGCUUCAGCCAGCAGCUCAGCUGAACUGAUGAAAACAGAACUUGGAGAGGAGUGUGGGGGACCAGAACCAUAUUCGAAAUGCUGCCUUGAGUUAAAAACUGAUGAAAUUACUUCGGAUUCUUCUGUGACUGAUAUUACUGAUGAUGAUGAUGAUUGGCACGGUCCUUUGUCAGGUUCUGAUCCUAACACAGGAUCAGAACCCCACUAUAAGGAUCAGAGUCUCAAUAUUCAGAAGACCACAAAACCUCAGUCAGAGUCUGCUAAAACAUUUGUCUCCAAGUUGCCUCUCCAGGAAGGAAAAAGCUCUUCCCUCUGUUUGGUUAACCAGAAAUGUCCUGGAGUCAAAGAAAACAUGGAUUCUCCACCAGUACAUGGGAGUUACAAAUGGUUUUGUUGUGAUGUUUGUGGAAUACAUUUUACCAAAAAGGGAAAUCUGGAGAAACACAUGAUGGUUCACAAACAAGAAAAAACAUUUACCUGUGAAGAAUGCGGUAAAAACUUCAAACGACAUUUACAGCUUACUGUUCACCUUAAAAUUCACAGAGGUGAGAAGCCUUAUCAUUGUGAUUUUUGCAGUAAAGGGUUUAUAGUAAACAGUGCUCUGCAAGCACACAAGAGGCUCCACUUAGGAGAGAAGCCAUUUGGCUGUGAUGUUUGUGGUAAAACUUUUCAUUUAAAGAGGAUUCUGAAAAUGCACCUGAAGGUGCACUCGGUGGAGAAACCAUUUCAUUGUACAAUGUGUGAAAAACGAUUCAAAUGUCCGUAUAUUCUUAAAAAGCACAUGAGCCUUCACUCUGGACUGAAGCCAUUUGUUUGUGGUGUUUGUAGUAAAGCAUUUUCACAAGAAGAAACUCUAAAAACACACAUGGUUGUUCACACUACAGAAAAACCAUUUCCAUGUGAUAUUUGUGGAAAAAGUUUUAAAUAUAUGUCCUAUGCUCGAAAACACAAACUGUUUCACAGUGGUGAGAGCGGACAUAGCUGUGAUAUUUGUGGUAAAACGUUUGUUUUAAAGCCUGCGCUCAAGGCGCACUUGAGGAGUCACACUGGGGAGAAACCAUUCUCCUGUGAUGAUUGUGGAAGACAGUUUCAUGUUAAGGCAAACCUUAAACAGCACAUGAGGGUCCACACAGGCGAGAGGCCAUUUGCCUGUGAUGUUUGUUUUAAAACAUUUAGUAGAAAGACCCAUCUUACAGUGCACACACGGAUACACUCGGGAGAAAAACCAUUUUUCUGUAACAUUUGUGAAGAAAAAUUUCGAUUUCAGCACAAUCUCAAAACACACAUGAGGGUCCACACAGGCGAAAGGCCUUAUGUUUGUAGCUUUUGCUGUAGAGGAUUUUCACGACAAGAGCAUCUAAACAAACACAUUGCUAUUCACACAGCGGAAUAAGUUUAGUUUUUGUCAUUGUGAUCAAAAUCUAUCGGUGUAAAAAUAGCUCCUUAGAUUGUUGGUUAAAAUUGCAGGAAAUCUCUAACUAAAAACUUAAUUAUGCAGGAAAGAUUAUAAAUAACUGAUCAGCAUAGUAAAGGGUUUUCUACAGGUGGUCAUAUUUAAGCAAACUAAAGACAGCCAGACUUUGUAUAAGAAGGCUUAUAAGAAAUAUAAUUUAGCCAUUUAUUAUUGUACUGUUUUAAACAUUAACAUUCAACAUAGGUUGCAUGUGGGCAAAAAAAAAAAAUCUGAUUUGGGUUGCAUUUACCUGUUGUGUGAAAUUGGCCUCAGAUGUCUAAAAAGCACCUUGUUAUUUCAGCUACAGGGGCUAGGAUUAUUUAUUUAGGGGUUAAAGGUCUAAACCUUUCCUCUGUUAGACAAACACUUUUUUGUUCAUCUUGUUUUAAUGAGUAAAACAAGGUUAGAUUUUGUUGUUUACCUAUAAUUAAAUUAUAUUCUUUUCCAGGGAUUAAAAAAUUAGAUUUUAAUGCGUACAUCUAUUUCUAACUAAAGUCAUAUUUAAUAGCCUGAUUAUCUUCAGCUUAAUAUUUUCACAACUGUAUAUAUUCUUAGUGCGUUGUUUCAGUGGGAUUUGUAUGUGGGAUAAUGGAGACAUGAUUGGUGAACUGGUGCACCUGUGUUAAUCCAAGUAUAGCACCAUAGAUUCAGCUCUACAAAUUGAUAAGAUUUCAUCCAGCUUCAUAGUAAGGUCUGUUGGUUAUCAUGACUCACAAACCUGCAGGUUAUAAAUUUAGUCAGUCUUUUAAAUAUCAGCUUCAAAUCUAAGUCUUCUUCAGUGCAUAACAAGGUGCUAUUGAAGUAAUUUAUUCCUUUAAAUCAAAUGUGUUGGAGCAGAAACUUUUGAAUCAUGCAUAGCAGAGUGUCCUAGUGUUUCUGAGUAGGUGGAGGUUUUGCUCCUUUGAGAAUAUUUUACCAUUUUACUCCAGUGAACCAGAUAGGAAAUGAGUCUUCAUUUCGAUCUUUAAAUCUGAAAUGAAUAUAUAUGAAUAGCAAAUAAAACAUUUUUGUUCUGUAUGGUAAUGCAAUGUGUAUCUCUGUUUCAAUACAUUAGUUGUAGAGGAACAUGAGUGUCAUUGUUAAAAUGAAGUAAACAAUGUCAGAAAUAUUUUCAGGCUUUUCAAAGCUUAUGUAUUGAGUUCGACUCAAGCCUUUUUAUAAAUUGCAUGUUUAACUUUUUUCAUAGUGGAUUCAAAAUUUGCUUCAAUCUGUACAGUGAUACCAACCAAAUUUUAAAAUGUUUAAAGUUCUGUGAUAAAACAAUUUGGGUGAAUUAGAGACAUCAUCUUGUUAAUGUACCAUUUAAUUUUCUGUCAAGCUAUUAAGGUUGCCUACCAUUACAGGAUUUAGUAAAAGGUUUCUCACUUCGACUCAUCUGUUGUUUGAGAUUUUAGCCACAUCCUAAGAUUUAUUUAUUUAUUUAUUUAUUUGUAGACACAUUGGAAAACUCCUUAAGUAAAAUAAAGUUUAAAUUAAUGCCACUGAAAAAAGCCCAUCAGAUACGAAGUAAUAAAGAAUAAUCACAAACAUCUGAAAUUGUGAUUUAGUACAGUGACAUCUACUCGUCAAAAUUAAUAUACUGAUCACAAAAUCUUCUCAUUCGUGACUAAGUAGAGUUCCAAUAAAUUAUUUGUUUUUGCUUUAUUUUUUUGAAUGUUGACAGGGAUUUCUUUGGGGUACGAGUCAACAUAAUGAUAUGAUUUAAUUUGAUUACAUAAUUGUUGAUUUGAAGACAUCCAGUUGUGAUAAUGUUGUUCCAUCAAUUUUUUUAAAGAUGGGUAUUGGGUCAAAUAUUUGUCUAAUUUCUAACAGAUUCCUGUUCAUCCUCUUUCAAUAAACAGUAAUAACUCCUGA